CCAGGUGACCACAACAAACAAUGCCGAAAAACGCGCGGGUGACCCUUUGCAACGGACCUUAUGAAUCCAGUGGAGUAGUAGAACACAGGAACUUCCGCCUGCAGGGUCUUCAGGCCGCUCUGACAGCGCGCGGGCACCAGUGCGUCUUGGAAGACACGCCCGAGUGGAACAUGGUGGAGCUCGUGGUCAACGGGGAGGUCGUCUUCCGCUGUAAUAUAAAGCAGCUGGAGUUUGGUGGAGAUGGACAACUGGACCCUGUUUGCAAAGAAGCUGUUGAUGCUGUGGAGAACGCUUACUGA